UAAAGUACAGCCUCCUCCCUUACAUGUGUCAUCAGCUAAUCCUUUCAUACAGAAUAUAACAAGUUCAGCAAAGUCAGCAGCAGCACCUUAAAAUAUACACACACACAGUGGCACUCGCACUCCGACUGCAGACUCCUCCACUCUAGGUGAAGCACUGUCUAAUCCAAAAAAAAAAAAAUGACUUGGUCACAAAACCUGCUUCUUUUAGCUUGCGGAUUAAUUGCACUUCAGAGUUCUUUAGCAGCUCAAGGUGUGAUACGGAGCUGUAGUUAUGGUGGGUUGUUCCACGUGGAGCAGAAUGGGCGCUACAGCCUCACGUACUCCACCGCAGAGAAACUCUGCAUGUCCAUUGGCACCACUCUGGCCACCAAAGAGCAAGUCCAGAGGGCCUUUGACCUUGGCUUUCAGACCUGCAGAUAUGGUUGGAUUCAGAACCACAGUAUAGUGAUCCUGCGACAGGAGCCUUACACCCUAUGUGCCGCUAACAAAACUGGCAUCAUCAUCAUCAGCGACAUGAUCUCACAGCCCUAUGAUGCCUACUGCUUCAACGUAUCGGAUACAAAGGACAAAAACUGCGAGUUUUCGAUCGUGCCGUCAAAUACAUUUGAAACAUUCCUGGACGCCCAUGUGGAUAAUGAAAGUACCACAGAGUUCACCCCAGCAUCACCUCGCCCUGAAGGGGAGCCUGCAGCGUUGCCCACCAUCACAGAGACCACACAAAAGACAACUGCAGCGAUAGUUCCACCAGUACACAUGGGUGAGGACGAGGUCUCUCAUACUGGUCAACAUGACGAUUCCACAACUGAAUCUAUGGUUAUUGAACAAGACUCUGGAACUGGCACUGUUUCCACAACCACCUCUGCAGCAAUAGUUCCACUAGUACACAUGGGUGAGGAUGAGGUCUCUCAUAUGGGUCAACAUGAUGUUUCCACAACUGAAUCUAUAGUUAUUGAACAAGACUCUGGAACUGACAUUGCUUCCACAACCACCUCUGCAGCUAUAGUUCCACCAGUACAUGUUGAUGAGUACAAUGUUGAUACAGGGCCUCAAGACAAGCUCAUCACUCAGUCACCAACAAGUUCAACCUCUGAGCCUCUAGCUGGAGAAGACAGCUGGCAAGAUAUCAAUAAAGAUCCUGAAACUGGCACUGUUUCCACAACCACCUCUGCAGUGAUAGCUCCAACCGUACAAGUGGAUGAGGAUAAGGUCUCUCAUACUGGUCAACAUUUUGACUCCACAACUGAAUCUACGGUUAUUGAACAACACUCUGAAACUGGCAUUGUUUCCACAACCACCUCCGCAGCGAUAGUUCCACCAGCACAUGUGAAUAAGGACAAGGUCUCUCAUACUGGUCAACAUGAUGAUUCCACAACUGAAUCUCCAAAUGUUGAAGAAGACUCUGAAACUGGCACUGUUUCCACAACCACCUCUGCAGCGAUAGUUCCACCAGUACACAUGGGUGAGGACGAGGUCUCUCAUACUGGUCAACAUGACUAUUCCACAACUGAAUCUAUGGUUAUUGAACAACACUCUGAAACUGGCACUGUUUCCACAACCACCUCUGCAGCGAUAGUUCCACCAGCACAUGUCAAUAAGGACAUGGUCUCUCAUACUGGUCAACAUGAUGAUUCCACAACUGAAUCUCCAAAUGUUGAAGAAGACUCUGAAACUGGCACUGUUUCCACAACCACCUCUGCAGCGAUAGUUCCACCAGUACACAUGGGUGGGGACGAGGUCUCUCAUACUGGUAAACAUGAUGAUUCCACAACUGAAUCUCCAAAUACUGAACAAGACUCUGAAACUGGCACUGUUUCCACAACCACUUCUGCAGCGAUAGUUCCACCAGUAAACGUGGCCAAGGAUAAGGCCACUCCUAUAGAGCCCACUGCUGGGGACACAACUGCAAAUGACGUUCAGGAAGGUGAUGACGCAGGGCCGGAGGUCACUACUCAGUCACAUCACAGCUCAACCUUCCACAUCUCAGCAGGAGAAGAUACAUCACAGUAUGGGAAUAACGAUAAGAUGAUCCGGAGUGGAGGACUUGGAUUAAUGACAUCAGCCCCUCCAGCAAAACAGGCUUCUAGAGUUGCUCCAGAUUGGCUGGUUAUAGUAGCUGUAGUGGCUGCUAGUUUAAUAAUAGUCCUUGUGUGUGCAGUUAUCUCAUCCAAAAAGAGGUGGUGUGGGAAGAAGAAAACUCUCGUGAUCAAUGGGAAUGCUGGUGAGAAGGGGGGGAAGGAGCAGGAGAUGGUGCAGCUGAUGAAUAAGGAGAAAAUCCGGCAGAAUGGUGCAGCCAGCGAGGAGUUCACCAUCAUCACCCUGGAGGAGCCAGCCGAGAAACGCAGUUAGCAUAAGGGCGACUACACCACAUCACACAGCAGCACGGAGGGAGGGAGCACCUCAGGGGCAAGGGAGGGGUGCAGUACAAUCUGGAGUUAACAGCAAUUCAUUGAAGACAGAGCCAGCUAACUAUUAUUAACUCAGCGCACAAAGCAGAGGCGUUGAGCACCAAUUACACGUGAGAUCUUUUCAAUGAUUUUUGAGCCACUGUUAUGAAACUCAGUCCUUCAGGUUUAUUCCUUAGUAUGGAUUACCAAUUGGCAAUUUGGUGAGCAAUGUAAAUGUACCAUUGUAAGAUGGAUCACCUGCAUUAUGAAAAGAGAACUGCACCUUUGUGGAGAAGUCCGAUCUCCUCUGUGGACACAAUCCCGUACACUGUUUUUGCAGAAUACCAUAGCAGGUGAAAAGAAACUCUGUCCAGUUCUCAAAUUGAAAUUCCUGUAUCCUUAUAAACAGGAGGUUUAGAUCCCUGUUAAUGAAUUCCUGCAUCUCAGUCCAGCAUUCUCAUCUUUAUUAAUAACUGUAAUAUAAAUAACUCUGUGCCAUUUUGUAUCACAGCAAGAUAUUCAAUAUGAAAGACUGAACAUAUCAGACAAGAGAAGAGCUGUUUUCCUGCUGCCAAAACUAUUGUCUUUUUUUGUUUAUCUCCUUGUUUGGGGGAUUGUUUUUCUUUUUGGUUUGUUUCCCUAUAUUGAAAAGAGAUUUCUUUUGUAUUGCUGUUAAAAAAAAUAAAAUAAAUAAAAUAAA